AUGCAUGCAACCACCACUUCCCUCUGUCCCCCCUUCUGCCCAAUGGCCACGACUGGCUGUGCUGCCACCACUGGCUGUGCUGCCACCACUUGCUGUGCUGCCACCACUGGCUGUGCUGCCACCACUUGCUGUGCUGCCACUGUCAUCUUGCUCUCCGUGCUGAUCAUCCCUGGAGUGCACCUAGCAGCACCUGGUGCUUCAUGCGCUCUGCCCUUGCCAUACCUCAUGCGCUCUGCCCUUGCCAUACCUCAUGCGCUCUGCCCUUGCCAUACGUUAUGCGCUCUGCCCUUGCCAUACCUCAUGCUCUCUGCCCUUGCCAUACCUCAUGCGCUCUGCCCUUGCCAUUCCUCAUGCGCUCUGCCCUUGCCAUACCUCAUGCGCUCUGCCCUUGCCAUACCUCAUGCGCUCUGCCCUUGCCAUACCUCAUGCGCUCUGCCCUUGCCAUACCUCAUGCGCUCUGCCCUUGCCAUACCUCAUGCGCUCUGCCCUUGCCAUACCUCAUGCGCUCUGCCCUUGCCAUACCUCAUGCGCUCUGCCCUUGCCAUACCUCAUGCGCUCAGCCCUUGCCAUACCCCAUGCGCUUUGCCCUUGCCAUACCUCAUGCGGUCUGCCCUUGCCAUACGUCAUGCGCUCUGCCCUUGCCACACCUCAUGCGCUCUGCCCUUGCCAUACCCCAUGCGCUCUGCCCUUGCCAUACCCCAUGCGCUCUGCCCUUGCCAUACCUCAUGCGCUCUGCCCUUGCCAUACCUCAUGCGCUCUGCCCUUGCUAUACCUCAUGCGCUUCAUGCGCUCUGCCCUUGCCAUAGCUCAUGCGCUCUGCCCCUUGCCAUACCUCACGCGCUUUGCCCUUGCCAUACGUCAUGCACUCUGCCCUUGCCAUACCUCAUGCGCUCUGCCCUUGCCAUACCUCAUGCGCUCUGCCCUUGCCAUACCUCAUGCGCUCUGCCCUUGCUAUACCUCAUGCGCUUCAUGCGCUCUGCCCUUGCCAUAGCUCAUGCGCUCUGCCCCUUGCCAUACCUCAUGCGCUCUGCCCUUGCCAUACCUCAUGCGCUCUGCCCUUGCUAUACCUCAUGCGCUUCAUGCGCUCUGCCCUUGCCAUAG